GAAUAUAUGCUCACUAGGGUGUGUUACGCUCGAGUCUGAUGUCUUUAUGUUACUUAUUUCUAAUGAACCACCCCUUUGUAGGAAUAGGUAGGACAAAAUUCAGGAAGGCAAGUACCACACUAUUCUGUUCGUAGCCCAGUAUUUCAUUGAAAGAAAACACUUAGUAGCCUUUAACAAUAAAAAAGUUAUCUUUCUUGUCAAUCAAUUUUUAUUUAAUUCCAUUUUGACUCCCCAAGAUCUAGAAGUAGCAGGAGUCUUUAUACUUCAUUAAAAUGACAAAAGAGACCCCUUGGGAUGUUAAAUUUAACACUUCGUGUAAAAAAUCUUUGUAUAUUCAAACAGUCCAACAAAUAGGACAACAUACUUUUGCUCUGCAUAAAUUACUGCAGCUCCAUCUAGCACAAACAGAACAUUUUUUUUUCAUACUUCACAACUCUCACCAUGUUAAUCAAAACAUAUUAACCACAAAAAGCAAACACUCCUCUUGAUCACCAUGGCUGAGCCUGGCUUGUGAUGUUUUGCUUUCAGCAACUCACCAAACUCACAAAAUACAUGGUGCUCAUCAGCAAUACAAGAUACAAACUUCGCCUUCAGAUGAAACAUGGAAAGUAUUUCCUCAUAAACACAUCUGCUUUUAAAUACUGCAGCAACACUGUACUUAUUCAUAACCCAUUCACAUGGGAUGACAAAGGGCAUGUUUGCAACAAUGCCCUUUGGAAUAUGUUCUUAAUAAAUUUAAAUAAAAGGCAACAGAAGUGAUCCUGAGGGUGGGUUCAAAAAAUUAAAACAGAGUUGUCACUCAAGCAUCAGCUGGAUUCCACAAAAAACAAGAAUUAGGCAAGCACUCUUCUGAAUGCUGAAAAGAAGCUGGUCUGCAAAGCUCUCACAAGAACAGAACUGGAUGGUAAAAGUUCUUUUCCUUGCAAAUAUAAAUAUGACAAAUGGUCAUUAAUAUACCAAAAGUCCAGAUGCUGCAGCUGCAAUAUAAAUUAGUACUCAAAACACACUGUGACUUGUUAUUUGUGAGCGACUGUAUUUUAGUACAGAGGAAAACUCAUCAACAUUUUCUUCUACUUACAGGACAGGCCCUGCUGCUUCAGGAGGCCGCCUCGCUCUGCGCCAAGUUCUUGGAAAGCACACGGCAUCUGCCCAGGAGCGCGAGCAAAGCUGGCUGCACGGGCGGCCGCCUGCAGCACACGUUCCAAGCCCAGCUCUCUCUGGCUAACACCAGGCAGUUCUGCCCUGGCUCCAGCCCCGACUGAACCAUCCUUUCCGCAGGCAGCCAGCCCAAUCUUGUUCCCAUUUUCCCAUCCCGCUGCCACCCCUGCCAGGCGCUCGGGAGAAAAGGCCAAGCCCUACAAAACUACUCGGGUCUCCAUCAGCACCAAGCCCGAAAAGCACCGCUACUUUCUCAGGGACAAACCGCCCGCUUUAUCCCAUCAAAAAUCAACCAGACCCGGGCAAAUGAACGCAGUCAAAUCGGUCCCCGACACAGCCAUAGCGAGGAAGGAGACAGACCCAUGCAGCAGUUUGCCGGCUGCCCACACACAGCCUCCGCCGCCUGCGGGGACAGAGGCGCCGACUGAACGGCGCUGCUCGCCCGAGAGCCGCCUCCCCGCUGCCACCGGCGCACCCGGCACGCUUCAGCCCCGCCGCUUCCCCCGCACAGCCAUCAGCCCCUUCUGCAGGGAUCUGCCUUCACCCUCACACAGCCCGGCCCGAGGGAGCCCCACCUCCGCCUGGGAUAAACCCAGACCCCGCCCGGGGGGCUGCGAGGGCCCGCGGGAGGGGGCUGAGCACAGCAGCGGCCGCCCAGCAACGCCUCCCUGCCGUGCUGCUGGCGCUCCCCGCGGAGCCGACGGGGGGCGCGGGAGGGGAAGCGCGGCCCGUCCAUCCCGGGAAGGGAAGCGCGGCCCGUCCAUGCCGGCCCUGGCGCAGGGCCCCGGUGGGCGGACCGGCCGCUACCCGGAAACGGAAGGAGCCUCCCGCCGCUCGCCCCCCGAACAUCCCAGCAAAGCCCCGCCCCGGGGCAGUCUGACCAAUCGCGUCCGGGGAGGGGCGGGAAUAAUCGAUCUACGUUGGAUUGACAGGUCUCUCUCCCAAUGCAGCCGCAGCCGCUCUGUUUCCUCCACUAGGAAAGCGGAGCCACAGCUGGGUUGCUGGGCGGGACAAGUCUCGCUGUAUCUCAGCGCUAUUGGCUGUAAGUGUUGAUUGG